UGCCGGUGGCGUACUUCGCGCUGGUGGUGCACACUACCAUGCGGCGAUGCUGUCCGAGAAGAUCCUAAAGCCGUACGCCAGGGACUGGACCGUGAUGCGGUGAAGCCACUCGCCCGCGCCACCCGAGGUGGCGCCCCAAGCGAUGAACGCAGCGGAGGAAGCGCCAUAUGCAGCCGCGCCAAGGCCGAAAGCCCACCGCACGGCCCCAGACGGCAGUGGCGGUGCAAGCGGGCGGGCAUUCUGCUUAUGGGGGACGCGUUGGCUGUCCGAGGCGGGUGGUGCGGUUCUGCUCCGAGGAAGGCGCGCGUUCUGCCCCCAGGAUGGCGGGCCUUCUGCUCCAGGAGGGCCGCGGCCUUCUGCCCCCAGGAGGGCGGGCCUUCCUGCCCCCAGGAGGGCGGGCCUUCCUGCCAGGAGGUCGGCCUUCUGCCCCAGGAGGGGCGGGCCUUCUGCCCCCAGGAGGGCGGGCCCUUCUGCCCCCCAGGAGGCGGGCCUUCUGCCCCAGGAGGGCGGGCCUCUGCCCAGGAGGGCGGGCCUUUGCCCGCCAGGAGGGCGGGCCUUCUGCCCCAGGAGGGCGGGCCUUCUUGCCCCAGGAGGGCGGGGCCUUCUGCCCCAGGAGGGCGGGCCUUCUGCCCCCAGGAGGGCGGGCCUUCUGCCCCAGGAGGCGGGCCUUCUGCCCCCGAGGAGGGCGGGCCCCUUCUGCCCCGAGGGCGGGCUCUUCCUUGCCCCAGGAGGGCGGGCUCUUCUGCCUCCCAUGGAGGGGGGCCUUCUGCCCCCAGGAGGGCGGGCCUUCUGCCCCCAGGAGGGCGGGCCUUCUGCCCCCAGAAGGGCGGGUCUUCUGCCCCCCGGAAGGCGGGUCUUCUGCCCCCAGGAGGGCGCGCCUUCUGCCCCUAG